AUGGGCAACGGCAUGUCCCCGUGCCUGUGCUCCCCGGCCGUGCACGGCGAGGGGGCGGCGGCGGCGAGGCUGGUGUUCUGGGGCGGGCCGGCGAGGCAGGUUGUGGCUGGCGUCGCCACGGCCGGCGACGUCAUGGCGGAGCUCGCCGACCGCCACCUCGUCUGCGCCGCCGACUCGUUCUUCAUCGGCCUCCCGGUCCCGGCGCUGCCGGCCGGGGAGGAGCUGGUGGCGGGGCAGACGUACUUCGUGCUCCCCGCCGCGCGGUUCUCCUGCCAGCAGGCGCUCACCGCGGCCUCGCUCGCGUCGCUGUCGCCGUCCCCUGCGGCGAAGGUGUCCCUCGCCGGCGGCGCGUCGUCGCCGUUCGAGUACGUCACGGGCGACGACGGCAUGGCGCUCAUCAGGGUCCUCCCGGAGUUCAUCGAGAAGGCCAUCACCUGCGUUGGCGGCGGCGGCGGCGCGGUGGCGGCCGACCAGCUGUGCAGCACGCCGGAGCUGAGGAAGCACUACAUGCAGCUGGUGGGCGCGCGGCAGCAGCGGCCGUGGUCGCCGGGGCUCGAGACGAUAUCGGAGGCCGGGAAGCGGCGGCGGCGGCGGAUGCCGUCGCCGGUGAGGCUGGUGGCGCUGGCGAAGGCGGCGUCAAGAUAGCAUUUUGCAGCCGAGCCGCGCUAAUUCGGAUUUUGCUUCUAGAGAGGAAGAAAAGUCGAUUAAUUUGUGCAUAGAUAUAUACGGAUGGAGACAAAAGUAAACAGAUUUGAUUUAGUUCUGGCUCCUUUGAAAACACAGUCAAAUACUACUAGAUGAAAAUUUGAUGCAAAACUUGCAACAGGAAGAAUGAA